UUUAUAUUAGGAGACUUGAAGGUGCAAACAACAGCACAAUUGAAGUAUGUAACGGAAGAAGAUCUGAACGCGAUAGGGAUGAGCAAACCGGAAAUGCGCCGUCUAAAAAAAUAUUUCCAGAAGCAUUUUCCUCAGAAUUACCUUUCCAAAUUUAAGAAGAUGCUUCUACCGAAGCGCGAGGAACAGACUCCCGGUGCACUAAGUAUGUUGCCGGAGGAAAGGCAGGACAGACCGUCGAUACGCGUGCCCAAUAAACACAUGAUCCCAGCCGAUGCAAUUAUUGUGAACAAAGAGUUGGGAACAGGAGAAUUCGGGGUCGUGCAGCAGGGCGUAUGGACAAAUGAUGGAGAAAGGAUACAGGUAGCAAUCAAAUGCCUAUCCCGCGAAAGAAUGCAGAAUAAUCCUAUAGAAUUUCUAAAGGAGGCCGCGAUAAUGCACGCGAUCGAUCACGAACACAUCGUGCGGCUGUACGGCGUCGUUCUUGACACAAACUCGUUAAUGCUUGUAACAGAAUUGGCGCCAUUACGCUCAUUGCUGGAAUGCCUCAAGGAACCCAGUUUGCGUGCGAGUUUCCCGGUUUUAUCAUUGUGUGAUUUCGCCGUACAGAUUGCUGACGGAAUGCAAUAUUUGGAGGCGAAAAGACUGAUACAUCGUGAUCUAGCUGCCAGAAACAUCCUUGUGUUUUCUAAGAAUAAAGUCAAAAUAUCGGAUUUCGGGUUAUCACGUGCACUAGGAGUUGGCAAGGAUUAUUACCAGACGAAUUUUAAUGUUAAUUUGAAACUGCCCAUUGCGUGGUGCGCACCUGAAUGCAUAUCCUACCUGAAAUUCACGUCGGCGAGUGACGUCUGGGCAUAUGGGGUGACUUUAUGGGAAAUUUUCAGUUAUGGGUUUCAACCCUGGGCAGCAUUGACCGGUCACCAAAUUCUCGAAGCAAUAGAUGAACCUAAUUUUCAGAGGCUUGAGCAACCUGAAUGUUGUCCAAAGGAUUACUUUUCUCUCAUGCAGCAAUGUUGGCAACAUGAAUCUCUGAAAAGACCCAAGUUUUCCGAAUUGAUCAAUUUGUUGCCUGAUCUAAAACCGGAACAAGUUCAAGCAGUUCAGGAUAAUACUGAACCGAAUCAGCUUGCUUAUAGACAAAGCGACAUAAUUACGGUCUUAGAUAAAGGCAGUGGGAAUAGCUUAUGGAAAGGUGUUUUAAAUAAUGGCAAAACAGGAUUCUUUAAUCCGGCUCAUACGAUCGCGUAUCUAGGUUCUAAUUUGCCCAGCAAUAAGCCCGGUGAAUUUACGCGGGGAGAUGGCAAAAAUGUUUUCUCGUCACAGCGUAGAAAAAUUCGUACGGACAUGAUAUCUUCACCGCAGGGCGAUCUCAAGCAUACUGGUCAUGUGGGUUUAGACGGAGCGUACUUCGGUGACAUUAGCUUUCUCGGUGGAAAGUAUCCGCACCUGCCUCGUCAAGUUGUGACACCAUACAAACCGCAGGAGGAUGCAACUGAUAAUUCUCAAAGUUUAAAUCAGGAUGCGAGAAGUAUUGAUGCGAAUAGAGAAUCAGCGAGAGAUAGUAGAAGUAUACAACAAGAAACUCAAAGCAAACAUGAGAGCUUAUGGUCUGAUGUGAAUUCGGAAAUAUGUCAAGCGAAUACAGAAAGUAAUGCAAAGAUGCAAUCUAUAACAUCUAAUAUAGGCAGUAAUACUGACGUUCUCGAAGCUGACCAUGAAUAUCAUGAAAUUAGUGAUGAAGAAAAUCAAGAAAGUCCAUUAAGAUUUGAUAAAACAUUAAAUUUUGACUUUGGUCCCAGUCUUUUGGCAGAAAUGGAUCAAAUGUUCAGAUCAUUAGGUUCUUCUCCUCCUCCUCCGCCACCUGGCCUUCCUUUACCCACUGAACAUGAAUCAAGCAACGUGAGAAACGAAUUGAGGGAAAUUCAAGCAAAACAAUGUAGCAAGAAGAAACAAGCCACCGUGAGUCCAAUAAAUGUGAAACCUAUCUCUGCUGCCGAUCAGAAAACUCUCUACUCAGCCAUUGCUAUGGCACAGGAAUUGACAGCACGUUCCAUGACAGAUCUUGAACAUCCACCGGAGUCUCCUCGUACACCUGCCAGUCCUUCAAGACGCAGAAAAUUCUCUUUUAAGUUGCCACAUCAAUACAGUCCCAAACCAGAUAGACGACAUUUUUCCGAAGAAGCUGCCAGUAUACCUGACAUACAGUGGUUAUGUUCGAGCCUGCAAUCGCUUUCAUCUACGGUAUCUAGCAUAGAGUCCUUUGGUGCACCAUCAACCUUGAAACUUCCCUUGUGGGAUAAAGCAUCUGCAGAAUUCUGUUUUGCGAAAUCGAGAGAACUUUUAACAAAACCGAGUGCCUGGGCUUCAUACAUGGACAUUGAUUUAGAUGCACACAUAUUAGAUAAUCAGAUGACGAAACAAAAUCUAGUCAAAUCUACCGAGUUCUUGAAGAAGGAAAAUAAAAAAAAUCACUUGAAUUGUGAGAGCGUGGCUGAUCUUGAAACCAAAUCGAAUAUUCGACAUCAGAAUGGUAAAAUCUUUAAUAUGGAAAACUCAACUUACGAUUUACCUUGCGAAAUGAAAAGAGUGUCUACCAGCUAUGUUGAACGUUAUUUCGAACAACCCAAGUAUUGCGAUGAUGAAACUGUUUUAGAAUGUGCCAACGAAAAAAUGCAUUUUGGGGAAGAGAAAUUAGAUAAGUACGAUAAGCUUAAUAAUCUGGAACAGUCUAAUAGGCCGACGUAUUAUUCGAAUGCUCUGGAACAGAGCUCGUCGGUCGGAGGUAGAUUAAAUCAAACGUUACAAAGUAAACUAAACAAUUGCGAGCUACAACUAAAGAAUAAUAUCACGCAUCACGAAACGUGGUCCGAUGAAAAUUUUGAUAUUUUAAAGGAAAAAAUGGCGAACUUGGAGUCUCCUCGUAAUAAACCGAAAAAAUUUGAUGUAGUAAAAGACAAGACGAAAAACUUUGAUCUCGGCACGCGACCGAAGAUACCGGUUGCCUUCACCGAGUCCACGAAAAUGAACAUCACGGAAUUCAAAAAGAUUGAUUUUCCGAAGUCUAGAAAUGCGAAAAUAUCCUUUAUGCCUAGAAAUACUAAUCAAGAUGCAGCGAGUACGAUAUAUGGUUCGUCAGAUAAUAUUAAGACAAGCGCAAAAACGGAUGGUUCAGAUAGUCCAAGAGGCAAUAUAGAAGCAGUAAAAAUUAACAUACAAAGCUUUCGCAAGAUUGAACAGAAUCAAAAUGGCCACGAAGGAUUUCCGUUUGUGAUAUCUAAUAAUCCUCUAUUUAUCGCCGAAUCAGAGAAGAAGGAAUCUCCCAUAUACAGCAGUUCCGAGAGUUUGCGAGUGAAUUUCCAACGUUUGAGGAGGAAAUCCGAUGCUGAAGCUAGUCAAGUAGAACUAAAUAGUAAGCUUUUAGCAGAAAAGUAUCAACGUGAAGUUUCUGGCUUAGAGAGUGUCAAAAACUAUUUGGAUUCCAAGAAAGUUCAGGGUUUAAACUUAGGCUUGGGCAAGCUAACACAGAAUAUGAUACAAUUAGGUAAGAACAUUGCGCAAAAUUCGAGGAACUUGGAAACAACCUCGUCAAGGUCACUGGCCUCUAACAUGAGAAAUCUAGAUUUGUCCACGUCAUCCCAUUCACCAUUGCGAAGUUUAAAUAUACCGAUUCAAAAGCCCAAGCAUCUGGACCUGAACAUACCAUUACAAAGUCAACCAUCGAUUAAUGCAAAGCUAAGUUUAAUGCAAAAAACGAAUCUGCCGACAAGUCCCACUAUGCACCAACACAUUUUGGAGCCGCCGAAAUUAUAUCAGAACGAUCCCGCCAGAAAGGAACUACCGAAACAAGAUAUGCUCCCAGAUAUGCUUCCCAGCGCUGUUAAUGUCUAUCGACAUAGGACGUCAUCUUUAUCAGAAAAUAGAAAACCAGUAAAGAACAUACGCAGAUCCUUUCAUCCCAGAAACGAUUCCAGCGAGGACUCGGACUCUGUUUCGCACUCAGAGAUGGACAUUAGAAGUCGUCUGCGUUGUAAACGUAGACACAAGAAAGUUCCGCAUAAUCUUCGCUUAAAUUUUAAAUACAAAGCUCCGUUUCUUCAUCCGGAUUCCGCUAAAGGAUUCUCUACGGUUGAGCUUUGCGGGAAAUCGCCGCCGCCGUCGACGAGCUUCUUAAACUCGCUGUCGCCACCGUUCUCUUCCAAGAACAAUUUGCUUUCUUGGCCGGAAAGUGCACCGAGCUCGAGCUUGACAUUUACUAGCAAUUCUGAUUUUGACUCAGAUACCAGUUCCGAAUAUCCAGAGUUUACGAAUGACAUUUUGACAUUUCCUCCCUCUCCAGCUCCUUAAAAUUCGAAGGGCAAAUUUAUGGCUUCAGCCUCAAUCAAUCUGGAUAUAAUUUUUCUAUGUAUUGAGCCUCAACAAUUUCGCAGAGUGGUUAGAGAAAUCAUUAUGUAACGAACGCAUGCUAAUUAUAUUAAUUUAUAGGCCAAAAAUCCGAUGGUUAAACUAGACUGAUUUUAUUUUAAAAAAUUACUAUAUAAUCUCUUUUUUGUGCAAUAAAAAUUAUUUUAUUUAAAAUACAUCCCUCCAACAUAUCGAUAUGAGUGUAAAGGUUUAUAAAAGCUUUAUAAUCGAUUUUUUUUUAUUUUAAAGUUAUCAAAAGACUAAAGAUAUAUUCCCCAUUCUAAAAUUCUCUCUCAGCUUUCAUUUUUGUUCUGACAUGCAUAAAAUGAAAAUAUUGCGCGCUCUGUUUUUCAAUCUUUUUCUUAUUCAUGUUAUUACAUAGCAAAUAUGAGAAAGAGGGAGAGCAGUGAAAGAAAAAUUUUAGUUUAAAGAAAAACAGUUAUUUUUAAGGAAAAACUUCGAAUAGAGGAUCUCUUAGAAUACAGAUUUCCCGUAUUUUGAUAUGGUUUUUAUGGGAGUCUGAUACGGGGUUUUUUGUAGGUCUUUUCAAUUCUAAUUUCAGAAAUGAAUAUGAGAAAUGAUAGUAGCACGAUAAAUCGAAAAAAUACAAUAAGCGAGUAAACAUUUGUUUUUGAUUUAAAAAUUGAAAAUGCCGUUGAAAGAAAAAUUUUCCAUAGAUAUUAGAGAGAGACCUACAAAAGACUCACAUACGCAAUACGUCCGCACACGCACAUAUACAUACAUACACAAACAUACAUACAUAUAUAUAAAAGCAUAUAAAAAUAUAAAUACAUUCAUAUACAGAUGAAUAUAUGCAAUAGUUAAUUGAAAAUAUGCGUGUGUGCGUGCGUGCGUAAAGUAACAUUUCACCAGAGUUGGAAAGUAAUGCGUUACUUGUAAAUGCUGUUAACGUUACAAUUAUUUUUUUCGGUAAUUGUAAUGGCAAUUAUAAUAGGUUAUAAAUUUCAUUUGUAAUAGAAAAAGCAACUUUAUUACAUAUUUUUCAGUAACGAAUAACAAAUUUCAAUACUUGUUUUUAUUGUUAUUUUUCGAGAUCUUAAGAAAAAAUAUUUUAUUCUAACGUGCAAUAAGUUUUUUCUGAUGUAGAUAUUAAUAUUUAAAAGAAUUAUCAAAAUUAUUAUACUUUAUAUUGAUAGCAAUAUCAAAAUUAUAUCAGUUAUAAUCGGUAACGCGUAACGGUAAUGUAUUACUUUUAUAAAGUAACUUGCCCAACUCUGCGUUUCACAUACGCAUGAUUGCAUGUCAUACUAAUCACUGAAUUGGAUAAUAUUACCAUAUAUUGGAAUACUUUGGAUGCCUUUACACAUUUCUAACAAUUGUAUUUCAAGAAUUGAUACAAAGUUAUAGUAUACAAAUCGGUUGACUGCCAUUAGUUUUUACACAGAUAAAAUUGUAAAUUUUAUACACACAUUUACAUUUACAUAUUUUUGAAUAAUUGCAGUUUUUUUUUAAUAAAGAAAGCAGAAUUCUCAAACUAAGAUACAUACAUAUGUCACACAUGAAUAACCUAUCUGUUUCAUUGAGCUUUAGAUUUAAACGAAAA